CUACCAGAGAGUGGCAAAACGCAGAGCUACGAGACAAAAAAAGAAAAGAAAAAAAGGGGGAUUUAAAUACGCUUGGGAUGGAUAAUUCAGGUGGGGUUUUGCCUAACGCGACGUCGUUUUGGAGGUGGCUUCACAAAAGGGAGUUGGGCUCAAAAGAAAAGAGAAACAGAAAAUGAAAGUGAUAAAGCCCGCGUUUAAUGUACAAAAACCUGUUGAGUUGUGAUUUGUUUACGCUAUCUCUCUCUCUCUCUCCCUCUCUCUCCUUUUUCAGCAAAUCUUCUCUUUUGCUUUCAUCUGGGACGGAGAGAGAGAGGCUGCUUUGAUUCUCUCUCUGGUACAGUUCCCAUGUUCCCGAGUUUCUCCGACCAGCGUAGCUUAUGCAGAGCCUCUGCAAUUCCAAAUGGCUACUUCCUUCUGUUACUUAUCAUCUCUGUCUUGAUUAUCAAUUCCGCUGCUUGCUCUAAUCGCAAUUGCCAGGUUCUUGAGCCAUGUUCUUUGCCCACUGACUGUGGGCCAGGUCUCUACUGUGGGAACUGUCCUGCGAUGGGGAAGAAUCAACCCAUCUGCACCAGAGGCCAAGCAACUAUCCCUACUACAAUUAUUAAUGGGUUGCCUUUCAACAAGUACUCGUGGCUUAUGACCCACAAUGCGUUUUCCAUUGUUGAUGCGCCGCCCCUGCCGGGUGUUCAGAGAAUAACGUUUUACAAUCAAGAAGACACUGUCACUAAUCAGUUAAGGAAUGGAGUGAGAGGAUUGAUGUUGGAUAUGUACGACUUCGAGAAUGAUAUCUGGCUCUGCCAUUCAUUUCGGGGGCAGUGUUACAACUUCACAGCCUUUCAACCUGCAAUUAACACUCUGAAGGAAGUGGAAACAUUCUUGAGUGAGAACCCAUCAGAAAUUGUGACCAUUGUAAUUGAGGACUAUGUGCAUACUACUAAAGGGUUGACAAACUUGUUCACUAAUGCUGGGUUAGACAAGUACUGGUUUCCAGUUUCUAAGAUGCCAAGAAAGGGUGAAGAUUGGCCCACCGUGACUGAUAUGGUACAAGAGAAUCACAGGCUUCUGGUUUUCACUUCUAUUGCUUCAAAGGAAGCAGAUGAAGGAAUUGCCUACCAAUGGAGGUACAUGGUGGAAAAUGAGCCUGGAGAUGGUGGGGUGGUACAAGGAUCAUGCCCAAACAGAAAGGAAUCACGGCCACUCAAUUCGAAAAGUGCGUCUCUUUUUCUACAGAAUUCUUUCCCAUCAUUUCCAGUUGAAUCUGACUCUUGCAAAGAGCAUUCGGCUACAGUCGGUGAGUUGGUAGGUACCUGUUACAAAGCAGCAGGGAAUGUGAUGCCCAACUUCUUGGCGGUUAAUUUUUACAUGAGGAGUGAUGGUGGUGGUGUUUUUGAUGUUCUGGAUGGAAUGAAUGGCCAGACAUUGUGUGGUUGUAGCUCUGUUGCUGCCUGCCAGGCAGGAGCACCUUUUGGAACUUGCAAGAAUGUUGCUGUAUCUAAUACAACCCAAACACCCAAUACUUUUGGAAGUUUUUCUGGAUCUGUGCAGUUAUCAGGAUCUGCUUCGACAAUCCAUUUUAUGAAUCUCUUGUAUUUUUUCUUGUUGUUUUUUUCGUUUUUAGUGUUCCAAUUAUGACUAUAACAUAUAAAUAGAGUCAAAGAAUUUAUGAGCUACUCCAUCUGGAUGAACUUCUAGUAUGUUGGUAUAAAUUUUGGAGUCAGAACAGGAAUACUGCAUGCCCACCUGAGUUAGUGGAAGGUCAAGGAAUGCUAGCUAGAGUUUUGGAAAGUGAUUGAACCGGCAAGAACAUUUAAAGCUCUCAUAUUGAGGCAAAAUCUGAGUUGCACAGGAUUGUGAAGUAGAUAGUGGCCAAGAGAUUAAACAUUGUAACAAGUGGUUCAGGUAUGCUUUGUUAUAUGACUUUGUGUUGAUCUAGUGUUGCAGUGUGCUAGAUAAAUUGCCACUUCCCUUUUCUUGCUUCUUUAUGAAAAAAAUUCACUUCUCUUGCA